AUGGUUCAUGCAGCUGUUCUUAGUAAAAAAUUACACUUUGCUUUUAAAGCAGUUGAAAUUAUAGAAGCAUAUGAAGGGACACUAGAAGAUGAUUUUCCUCCUGAUAAUGAAUGUUGUGAACAUGGGGAAAUGCUUUUGUAUAAGUUGUCUAUAAGUUUUGUGUGUAUUGGAGCUGUUACUGGCUAUUUAUGUUUCAGGUUUUUCCCCACCUAUUCUUGUGAUUUUUUGCUAGAAGAAUCGGGUUCUAUUGAGAGAGCUCUUGAUGAGUUGCAUAAGAAAGAGCCAAAAAUAGUUGAUAAAUUGGCUUUUAAAGAACAAGAGGUUUCUCUUUUAGUAAAGCUUGGUCACUUUGAAGAAGGUGCCACUUUGUUCAAGGCUCUACUUUCUAUGAAUCCUGACAAUUACGGAUACUAUGAAGGCCUUCACAAGUGUGUUGGGCUCUAUUCUGAAAAUGGUCAGUAUUCACCCGACUAAAUUGAACAGUUGGAUUCGUU